AUGACAUCUUUUAAGAAUGCGCUACCGGCUCACCUAAAAGGGUCUGCCGGCAAGUCCUUAUCUUUAUCACCAGGUGAUCACAAUGAACAAAAUACUCGCAAGCACCACGGCAAGACUCAAUCACACAUGGCUUUUGAAAAUACUUCGACUUCUGUCGCCGCAAGCCAGAUGCGAAAUGCAUUGAACAAUCUCGCCGACACGGUGACCGAUUCGGUGGAAAAGAAGCUCUUUGAAACAGAGAUGGACAACUUCUUUGCUCUAUUCCGCAGAUAUCUUAACGACAAGGCUAAGGGAAAUACACUUGAUUGGGAUCGUAUUGCCCCGCCUGCACAUGAUCAAGUUGUUGAUUACAGUGAGCUCUCAAACUCUGAGUCUGUAGGGUUUCUCAGUAAGCUUGCUGUGCUUAAGUUAAAUGGCGGCCUGGGGACCUCCAUGGGUUGCGUUGGACCCAAGUCCGUGAUUGAGGUCCGUGACGGAAUGUCUUUCCUGGAUCUCUCAGUCCGACAAAUUGAGUACCUUAACCGUACCUAUGACGUAAACGUUCCUUUUGUUCUAAUGAAUUCAUUCAACACGGAUGACGAUACACAAAACAUAAUUAAAAAGUAUGAGGGCCACAAAAUUGAUAUACUAACUUUCAAUCAAUCACGCUACCCCCGAAUUCUAAAGGACUCUCUCCUUCCAGCUCCAAAAUCGAACAACUCACCUAUUUCUGACUGGUAUCCUCCAGGACAUGGUGAUGUAUUUGAAUCACUCUACAAUUCUGGCACUCUCGACAAAUUGAUUGAGCGCGGAGUUGAGAUUCUAUUUUUAUCUAAUGUCGAUAAUCUCGGGGCCGUCGUGGAUCUUCGCAUCCUUCAACACAUGGUUGAAACUGAAGCUGAAUAUAUCAUGGAAUUGACUGAUAAAACUAAGGCUGAUGUAAAAGGUGGAACAAUCAUCGACUAUAAUGGAUCGGUUCGUCUACUAGAGAUUGCUCAAGUUCCUAAGGAACAUACCAAUGAAUUUAAAUCCAUAAAAAAGUUUAAAUAUUUCAAUACCAACAAUAUUUGGCUGAACCUUAAGGCAGUAAAGCGUAUCGUUGAGAGGAAUGAGCUCGAAAUGGAAAUUAUCCCUAACAACAAGACUAUUCCUGCUGAUAAAAAAGGCGAGUCAGAUAUUUCAAUUGUGCAACUUGAGACAGCUGUCGGAGCUGCUAUUCGCCAUUUCAAGAACGCUCACGGCGUUAAUGUACCAAGAAGGCGUUUCUUGCCGGUCAAGACAUGUUCCGACUUGAUGCUCGUAAAGUCAGACUUGUACUCUUUGAAGCAUGGUCAGCUACAGAUCGAUCCAAAUCGAUUUGGUCCUGCACCUCUUAUAAAACUCGGUAAUGACUUUAAAAAAGUAUCAGACUUUCAGAAACGUAUCAGCAGUAUCCCAAAAAUUAUCGAACUAGACCAUUUGACAAUUACAGGAGCCGUGAACCUCGGAAGAGGAGUCACUCUCAAGGGAACAGUUAUAAUCGUUGCAACCGAAGGUAGCACUAUUGAUAUACCCCCUGGAUCUAUCUUAGAAAAUGUGGUUGUUCAAGGCUCAUUACGACUUUUAGAGCAUUAG